AUGAAAAAUAUAAUAGGUGGACCCGCCAGGGUUCGGCAGUGGAGAUCUCUGCUGCGAGCCAAUGGCAGCCAAAAGACCCUAUACCCGGGAAUAACCUACAAAGUUUCACAGCGGAGAUUCCAAUCCCACAAUGUAGAGGAAGAAUACACGAUGGACGUGGCCAAUCUACCCGCCCGAUGGAUUAACCUCCCCGGGGACGCACAACAAGACAUUAUCAACUAUCUGAAGGUGAAACAAGAGUUUGGAUGGACGUACCUCACGCGAGACGAGAAACAAGCCAUAUACUACAUCAGCUAUGGUGAAUGGGGCCCUCGUGACGCAAAGAGCAUGGGAAUUCCCGACCUCGUCUUCAAGAUCAUGUCCAGUUCCAUUCUGUUUGGAGUUGUUGGCUUCACCCUGAUCAACUACGCACGCGAUCAAACUAAUGAGGAAUGA